GCUAUUACUCCUACUGGUCAUUUAAUACUGACAUUAUUAACUGAAGACUUUCAAACACUUGGUUUAGAAGGAAAGGUCUCGUUUUUUGACCGUAAAGUACAUACACGUUAUGGUAAGUCCUAAGGAGUUAAAUAAAAAACAUCAAAAUGCCAAAAAAGCACCAGGUCCCUAUGCUAGUAGAUCUAGCAUUAUAUUCCAUUGGGGAAUUUGUAAUUGCUUUUGGUAGAUACAUGACAAAGCUGGUUUGCACCAUUUCUAAAACAAAUCCGGAAUAUGGAAGUACUAAAUUACAUUCGAUGGUAAAAUUCAUGAAAAAUUUAUUAAGCUCGAAUGUACCACAAAAUUUAUACAAUAAAAUGUCUGUAGCUGUGUUGACUGCAGUUGUAAAUUUAGUUAAAGAAACUAGAGGUACAUACAAUGACUUUGCUUUAACCACAGCUUUCUUAUCGGAAAUGACGGUUGCUCUUCAUUUAACAGAAGUAGCUAUAGAUGCACAUUUAAGAACGAUCGAAUUCUCUGUUUGGCCUAAAAUUAUGAGACAUGUGCUUUACAAUAAGUUGCAUGACAUGGUUGGCCUCGAAGUUUUAGACUUGGGCUCAGGUUCAGCUGGUUGGAGAACAUCAGACAUUGAAAAAAUGAUUAUUAAUGGAGUUUCUGUUAUGCCGAAUUUAGUAUGCUUCGUUUUAUGUUUUGACUGUACAGAUAAUAUUAUAAUGGCCCUAGCUCAACAUUGUAAAAAACUGCGAAAGCUAGAUGCAACUGCAUCUAGGUCUGUUACAGACAGAAGCGUUGCUCCUUUACUUUCAUGUAAAUAUUUAACACGAGUCAAAUUAUGUAGAACUUCUAUGAGUAUACCUGGUUAUUCAAAACUCUUCUUAGAGCAUUUGAAUAUUCAAGAUAUCGGCAGAUGCGAUGAAUUUGGAUUCGUUUUAGAGCUUAUCAAUGAAAAAGAAACCGAUGUAAAAAGUUCUUUUCACAUAAGAACGUUUGAAAGUCGAAAUUUCAGUAUGCAACAUUUAUAUCUUUUAGUUGACAUGUGUCCAUAUAUUACGAGCCUUUGUUUAUUACGCGACGAAAGAAUUGUCGAUUUAACAAUUCUCGCUACUCUUGAUUGUUUAAAAGAAUUAAAGCUCUUAUCUUGUGAUUUUUAUACCCAUGGAAUAAAGACACUGUUGGAAAUUAAAGGUAAUACGAUUAUAAGUCUACAUUUAGAGCAUGUAGAAGAAAUUGAUUUGAAUGCACUGAUAUCUAUCAGUCAGUAUUGCCCAGAUAUAAGAAGCCUAAUGUUUUAUAAUUGUGAGUUCUUAGAACGCGCGCAAACAUAUCCAAGAAAGCUUGCAGUGUCGCCUUUUCGAUUGUUAGAAAGAAUUAAGUGUGUAGCAGAAUGUACAAAUAUGCACCUAGAGUUUUUGCUUUCUCAUUGUAUAAAUAUUAAAUUUAUACAAUUGGGCUCAUCGACUGGUAUCGGAGACGAAGCAAUGAGAAGAAUACUUUUGCAGAAUCCAAUGAAUAAGUUAGAGGAGCUCAAAAUAUUGUACAGUCAUGAUUUAUCGAUGAAAACUAUACAGCUAUUGAUGGAAAAUUGUGAUAACUUACGACGGCUAUCCGAAUUAGAAAACUGGCAAGGAGUGUCAUCUGCAGAGUUAAAUCUUUUUAGAGAAGAAUUAAAGAACACUAAUACAAAUUUGGAUACAAGUCCAAGUUUAUCAUUUGCAUAAUUGACAUUCAAAAAGUGAUUAAAUUAUUGUCAACAAUUUAGGAGGAUAUAUAUUUUUUUUACAUCAUUCUAUACAAUAAAGUUGUAUAAAGGAAACCAAUAAAUAAUAAUUUAAUAAUUUUGUGCAUAUUAGAAAUUAUGUAAUUUAAUAGUUGUAUCUUAUCAUUAUUCGCGUUGAGAAACAGUUUUGCAAGAACGAUUUUUAACAGUAGAUAUUUAUUAACGUAAAUUUUAUUGUAUAUUUAUGAAUAAAGUUUACAUUUUACUAUUUUUAUUUUUCGUUUAUUUUUUUUUACCGGUAACGCAAAA